CAUUCCUAUCUUGCAAGAUGAAUUGCAGGAGCAGUCUAGUUCAGAGGUAACAAGAUAACACUUCUGAAGUGUUAUCCAUCCAAGGCCACUGUGAAUUCCUGGCAGCAUGGAAUGAUGUUGAGACUGUGGAGAAAUGCAUUUGUUUCAGAGUGGAGGAGAAACAUCGUGUUGGUUCGGUUGGUUUGCUUUUGCAGAGCUUACACAGACCGAGAUGGUUUCCUCAACUGAAUAUGGGUCACACACCUGGGACCUCUUGCUGACAGUUGAUCAUCAACAUGAAGAUGUAGAAAAGGCAAUUUCACUACAGGUCACAGGGGACCUUCAUGUUGGAGGACUGAUGCUGAAAUUAGUAGAAAAAAUCAAAAUAGCACAAGAUUGGUCAGACUAUGCUUUUUGGUGGGAACAAAAAAACUGUUGGCUUCUGAAAACCCACUGGACACUGGAUAAAUGUGGGGUGCAAGCAGAUGCCAAGCUGAUCUUUACUACUCAGCACAAAAUGCUGCGGCUUCGCUUGCCAAGCAUGAAGACUGUGAGACUGAAAGUCAGCUUCUCUUCCAUGGUGUUCAGAGCUGUCAGUGACAUCUGCAAAAUGCUCAAUAUCAGGCGGUCAGAAGAACUCUCUUUGUUGAAGCAAUCAGAAGGCACACUCAAAAAGAAAAAGAAAAAAGACAAGAAUAGUAAAGAACCAGUUGCAGAAGACAUUUUAAACCUGUGCAACUCUCCAGUGAGUUCUGGAUUACCAGCCAAUCCAGGUUUAUACAGUAAGACCAUGACACCCAUUUAUGAUCCUGUCAGUGGGUCACCAGCUUCUUCCACAAUUACUUGGUUCAGUGAUGGUUCCUUGGCUGAGCAGAACUGCAGCAUCCUGGCCCUCAGUCAUCCCACCUGUUCCCCAGAGAUGCUGGCAGAGAUGUACCAGCCACGGACUUUGGCUGACAAAGCCAAGCUCAAUGCAGGCUGGCUGGAUUCAUCUCGAUCUCUUAUGGAACAAGGUGUUCAGGAGGAAGAUCAACUUCUUCUACGCUUUAAAUAUUACACCUUCUUUGAUUUGAAUCCAAAAUACGACGCGGUGCGCAUCAACCAGAUCUACGAGCAGGCCCGCUGGGCCAUCCUGCUGGAGGAGAUCGACUGCACCGAGGAGGAGAUGCUCAUCUUCGCUGCGCUGCAGUACCAUGUAAGCAAGUUAUCAUUAUCAUCAGAGACACAAGAUUCCACCUGUGAAUCGGAAGUGGAUGAAGUAGAAGCCGCCCUUUCCAAUCUGGAAGUGACACUGGAAGGUGGAAAUAAAAGUAACAUUUUGGAGGACAUCACAGACAUCCCGAAACUUGCUGAUAAUCUCAAGCUAGUUAGGCCCAAGAAGCUGGCACUUAAAGCUAUCAAGACAUAUUGGUUUGUCUUCAGAGACACUUCAGUAUCUUAUUUUAAAAACAAGGAAUCUGCACAGGGAGAACCUAUUGAGAAACUAAACCUGAAAGGAUGUGAAGUUGUACCAGAUGUAAAUGUUGCAGCAAAGAAGUUUGGAAUCAAAUUACUAAUUCCUGUUGCGGAUGGCAUGAAUGAAGUAUAUUUAAGAUGUGAUAAUGAGGAUCAGUACGCUCGGUGGAUGGCUGCUUGUGUUUUGGCCUCCAAGGGCAGAACGAUGGCCGACAGCUCCUACCAGCCCGAGGUCCAAAAGAUCCUUUCCUUCCUCCAGAUGAAGAACUGGACCAUGUGUUCCCAGGCUGCCUCUGAGCCAGAGAAUGUAGAUAUGAAACCCGAAUGCUUCGUCUCACCACGCUAUACCAAAAAAUUCAAGUCCAAGCAGCUGACUGCCCGUAUUCUGGAAGCCCACCAAAAUGUAUCCCAGAUGUCCCUGGUGGAAGCCAAGCUGCGUUUUAUCCAAGCCUGGCAGUCUCUCCCUGAGUUUGGUUUAUCCUACUACAUUGUAAGGUUUAAAGGAAGCAAGAAGGAUGAUGUGCUUGGGGUGUCCUAUAACAGGCUGAUACGGAUAGACAUGGCCACAGGAGAUCCUAUCACAACGUGGAGGUUCUCCAACAUGAAGCAGUGGAAUGUGAACUGGGAAAUCCGCCAGGUUGCCAUCGAGUUUGACCAGAAUGUGUCCAUCGCUUUCACGUGCCUGAGUGCAGACUGCAAAAUCAUCCAUGAGUAUAUUGGGGGCUACAUCUUCUUGUCAACGCGUUCCAAGGACCACAAUGAGACGCUGGAUGAAGAACUGUUCCACAAAUUAACUGGAGGUCAGGAAUGAGAUGAAGUAAACUCUCUUCCCACUGCCUGCUUCUUCUUAGAGCUAAGACUACCAGAGAUGAAACAAAAAUAUCUCUGAUUGUUAAUUGGUGGCUACUAAUUAGUGUAUGUGUCAGUCUUGUACUAUGACUGGAAUGGUUUACAGUUUUUGUUAAAUACUGAAGCUAAAGUCACUGGAUACAGUAUGACAACUCCAAUACUUGAGAAAAUCUAAUCAUCUUUGACUUCCUUUUGUACAGCUCAAUUUUUUUUUUAAUAAACAGUGUCUAGCCACUGGACAAUUUUUAAAUCUAGUAUUUUUAAUUACAGUAAUCGGUUUAAGCAUCCAGAACAAGUAACUUGAAGAUAUGGUACAGUGAAUUUUCUUCUCUGUUACAGCCAGGCAACUUCCAUUGUUAAACUGGCCAUUGUUAAAGAGCCCAGCAUUUA